AUUUAUUUAUUUGCUUAUUUGAGACUCGUACGCCGGCGGCCCGGUAUUUGUUAUACAACCCCUAUGAGUGCUGGAGGUCCGCAGUACGAGCGACUAUGCCUAGUCUUUUUUUUGCUUUCCGUGGUUUACUUUAGUGCCUCCUUGUUGGGCUACGACAGAACUCAGCCCGGGUCUGCGUUUGUCUUGGCUUCUCGGUCGGAUGGGUUUUCGCCGAUGAACUUUUUUUCAGGAGAUUCGUCUGGCUAUAUUGGAGCCAUUGGCGAUUUCAACAGCGAUAAAUACAACGACCUGUUUAUCAUAGCCUCGAAUGGCAACAGUAUAAAAUUGUGGUGCUGGAAUCAAUCCUCUAGUUAUUUUCACUACUGCGACGUCUGUAUUGGCUUGGAGGAGGGUCAGGCGAUAAACAGUAUAGAGGCCGCCGACUUCAAUUACGACGGAAAACUGGACUUACUUGUACAAUAUUCCGAAAAGUCCUUCUCGGAGAGUGAUGAUAAUUAUUUGAGGUUGUAUUUUGGAAAUGGUGCCGAGAUCAUUGGACAUGUCAAUCUUACGCCAUCUGUGGGACAGGUGAUGAUUGUUCAAGCUGAGAGCUCCGCCGAUCCGCCGAUACCAAGACUUUUAGGAAAUUGGCGUGAUAGUGAAAAUGUCACUUAUAGGGCGUAUUGGACUAUGGGAGCGGACAAGACGUGGCACACGACCAAAUGUAUGGAUGGUAGGCAGCGUUUCAGCUCGCCAAAUUCUAAUGCUAUUUUGGAUCUUGACGGCGAUUGCGCGGCUGACUUGUUUCUUUCUACUGAAAACGAACACGAGAUUUGGUUGUACGAUAAGAAAUCUGGUGACCAUGUCUAUUCUUCCAGUAUCCAGGUUGCCAAAGGUCAGGGCUUGAUCACAUUUGCUGACGUUGAUGGCGACGGGAGCGUUGAUGCCAUAUUUCCGAUUUGCUCUACAGAAGACAAUUGCGUUGAAGUGAGUCAAAUUCGUAUCGUCUACAACCUGCAACUGCCAAUUUGCCAAUUCUUCUACUCUAAAAAUUGCCGUAGCUCGUCCAAGCUUUGCAGAGCCGAUCCUGAUUUUAAGUUUCCUCCAUUUGAGACCGCUGAUGGCGAAAAUACGGCUGAUGUGGUUACUAUCCCCGUCGGAGACUCUGAUGGCUUCCAUCUCAACUCGAAGGGGAGUCCGAUUCCUCUUCGACUAAGGGCUGCUGACUACAAUCUUGACCGUUUCCCGGAUCUGCUGGUUCCGGUGACCUCCAGCGUUACUGGCGCGUCCCGCGUUCAGUUGUGGGAAAAUGUCAAAUGCACUCCGUCCACGUGCGGCGUCGAUGCUACUCGAAAACAACGGAGAUGGUUCCAACCUAAGGUUUUCGGGCUAGAAUCGUUGCUUGAGUAUAGCAAUUCCUUUAGUGCGAUCUGGGUGGACGUCGGCGAGACCGCCACUUAUGACAUCGUUUUGAUGUACCAGUCUAACGCCGAGCAGCCAACUUACCAAAUCCAGGGCUUCCGAAACAAUUUUCUCAAUGGAUAUUUCAUUAAAUUAUUGGGGCUCAACGGCUUGUGCGUUAUCGACUGCGGCGUUAAGAAUUUACGGUACGCCGGUCUCUAUGGAGUCAACCAGCACGGUCUGACUUUCAAAUACACUUUGUCGGACCUGGACACCAGACAAGUCGCCAGCGUUGUACCUCAACUUCCUCAGAGCUCCUAUCACUCGAUUCAGCCUCCUUAUUCCAUUUGCGGGAUUGGAAGGCCUGGCAAUUACAUUGACUACAUCUAUAUGGGCGUCCCUUCAAAUUCCCUGCGCGGAUACUUCCGCUCUUGGCCUGGCAUCAUUCCAAAUUCACAAGUCGUCGUCAUACCCCACCCCCUUUCCAUGCCAAAUUCGUGGAUCAUGGAACUGUAUAUUUCCCCGUCGGGCGCGUUGCCGUGGAUCGCAUUAGUCGUUUUUAUUUCUCUGCUCCUGUCCGGCAUCGUCAUCCUAGUCCUUCAGUACAAAGAACGCAGAGAGGACGAAUUGGAGAAGAAACGAAAAGCGCACCUUUUCUCUUUCAGAGCACUCUGAGUGCACCCUCUACCACACACUCUAUACUUACAUACUGUGCGCGCGGUCGAUGUUGCCGGCCGGCACGGGCACGCCCCUCACCAAGGAAGCGCCUGUGGGCCGUGGCUGAACCUCUUAGAACGUGUUCGACUUUGGCUGUCAGCGCCAAAAAAAAAAAAAAAAUCAGACACUCUCUACACUUCCGUCCUCUGUCCGCCUCGAAGGAUGCGCGCAACGGCGUGCCUGAUCGCGCCACCCUCGCCGCGGAGUUCAGAGAAACAUCCAACUGAUGCCCCAAUAUCAUACACGCUCUAAAAAACUACGAAAUUUAUUUGACGUCGAAGAAAAAAUCCCGGACCAGACGAAUUCUAACGUCUAUUUCUGCGUCUGUGUAUUGAUAAAUCUGUAUACGUCACCAUCAUGCUGUCAUCCCUGUUUUCCUGGCUGAGAGCGAGUUUCAGCUUUUGCGUCUCUUCUCAAGACACACGAAGCACUCUUUUAUUUCUUACUCUCACUCCCGACCCGACUUCUCGUUCCACUCGCCGACUCGCGCCGCUGUGUCGCGUGCGCUUUCAUUUCGAGCGAGCAGUCGCGGCACCGCUACGAAUGUGCUGUGUGGACGACCUAGGAUUCUCAGAGUGCGUCUGUUCUAGCUCGCGCUUUGUGGGGAGGUGUCAUUUGCCUGUUAUUUUACCGUUGCUUGACAGCGAUGUUUCACGCUCGGGCCUCGAACGCUCCAGAAGCCACAGGUCAGGGCGCUGGACCAACGGCACUUGGUUCGACAACAACGCCGCCUACAUCACGCACACCGAAUUCUCGCGUUUUCUUACCCUGCCAUUUCGACACAAAGUAACGCCGCUUCCAUUCGGUAUUUUUCAAACCUACGGAAAUGCGUUCCUUGAACAACGGGAGAACCCUUCGUACCUCGUUCCUCGCUACCUCUCCAGACACACUCUCCUUGUAGUAUCAGGGCAAGACGGGCAGAACGUACGAGAAAAUAACAGACACUUGCUACACAAAGUCCAAAAUUAGGCCAAGGUUGAAACAAUUUCUUGUCUACAGAACCGCAAUCACGUGGCGGCUUCGAUCCUUCGCACGGCGAGGAAAAUGACACGCGAAUCGAGGUUUCACUCGACCAACCGCCAUCUGCCGGAGCCAACGAAGAAGUUAAACUUAUAAAGCUGUUGCUGCCCGUUCUCCGUGAUUUCAGUACAAAUUGUCUUAGCCGCAACACUCUGAGUCCUGGAACAACCAGCGGUGCGGGCGCACUCCGCCCUCGAUCAGGAUUGCACGAGUGUAUGAAAAACGGACGUGCUGAGAGAAAGGUCCAGUAUGGUUGAAAAUGCCCCUAGAACGACCAAAUCAAUAGACCAAAAGUAAUAAGGUCGCUGUCGCGGUCAACGCGAAUCAGCACGUCUCAGACCGAUGAGGCAUGGUCAGUUAAGCCUUUCAGCGCGAAUUACUGAAUCCCUCUUGGUGAUUGAAAGAAGCACUGCGAACGGAAAGGCUGAGAAAGUGUCUAUAUGGCCAGGCGAGAGAGCAAGUAACCCCAAUCCGGUGUAGAUCGAACGCAAAAUAAUUAAUACCUUUUUUAUAUAAUGGAUACUGCAGGAAAUUUGACCAUUUUGCCAAUCGCUUACAAAAAAAA